GGGACAAUCUUUCUAAUGAUUGGUGAGAGCGGAGGUGGGGUUAAGCAUUAUCAGCACCCCAUUCGGAGCCGGUGUUGUCUGUUUGGUGUCGUGCGGGGGUGGGGAUGCGGAUUUUCUAGGAAAGAGUCGCUGAUUGGCUGGGCGGGCUGGAAAUGCCGGAAGGUCGGCCCUCACCGUGCGGCGAUUGGCUCACCCGUUGGCGGUGGGGGCGUCAGAGGCGGUAUCAGGGGAGGUGGUGGCUCUAGAGAUGGCAGUGAGCGAGAGGAGGGGGCUCGCCCGCCGGAGCCCCCCGGAGUGGGGGCAGCUGCUACUUCUGCUGCUGCUCUUGGGUGGCUGUUCUGGGCGCAUCCACCGACUGGCGCUGACGGGGUACCAGGAGGGGGCCGAGCUCUUAGGGGGACCUCGCGCCAGAGCCGUGGGGCUGAGUUGGAAAGAAGUCUGAGCUGCCGCUGCCUCUUCCUCCUUGGUCUCCGGCAGGGGGAGAAGCGAGCAGACAUCCAGCUGAAUAGCUUCGGCUUCUACACCAAUGGCUCCCUGGAGGUGGACCUGAGCCUCCUGCGUCUGGGCCUCCAGGAGACAGAAGAGAAGGCCCCGCUGGUGGGGUUCAGUCUGACUCGGGUUCGAUCUGGCAGUGUUCGAUCCUACUCAACCCGGGACCCCCACGACUGUCCUCUCUGGAAAAACAGUAGCAACCUCCUGGUUCUCUUCCUCAUCAACACCAAGGAUCUGCGGGUCCAGGUGAGGAAGUAUGGAGAGCAGAAGAAGCUGUUCAUCUCUCCUGGGCUCCUCCCUGAAGCACCUUCUGAACCAGGGCCCUCAAAUCCAGUGCACACCAUCACCCCUAAUGUGGACAGCGGGGCCACCACUACGCUUGACAAGGCCACGUCGAAACCCACAGUGUCCCAGGGAGAUCAGCAGGGCCCCAGUGGGAAGGACAAGGAACUGAUCCUGGGUCUCGGGCAUCUCAACAACUCCUACAACUUCAGCUUCCACGUCGUGAUCGGCUCUCAGGCGGAGGAAGGCCAGUACAACCUCAAUUUCCACAACUGUUACAACUCCAGGCCGGGCCAGGAGCAGCCGUUUGACAUCACGGUCAUGAUCCGGGAGAAGAACCCUGAGGGCUUCCUGUCAGCGGCAGAAAUUCCCCUUUUCAAGCUGUAUAUGGUCAUGUCUGCCUGCUUCCUGGCUGCUGGCAUCUUCUGGGUGUCCCUUCUCUGCAGGAACACGUACAACGUCUUCAAGAUCCAUUGGCUGAUGGCAGCCCUGGCUUUCACCAAGAGCAUCUCCCUCCUUUUCCACAGUAUCAACUAUUACUUCAUCAACAGCCAGGGUCACCCCCUCGAAGGCCUCGCUGUCAUGCACUACAUCACACACCUGCUGAAGGGCGCUCUCCUCUUCAUCACCAUCGCCUUGAUCGGCUCUGGCUGGGCCUUUGUCAAGUACGUCCUGUCAGACAAGGAAAAGAAAAUCUUUGGGAUCGUGAUUCCCCUGCAGGUCCUGGCCAACGUGGCCUACAUCAUCAUUGAGUCCCGUGAGGAGGGCGCCAGCGACUACAGGCUCUGGAAGGAGACCCUCUUCCUGGUGGACCUCAUCUGCUGUGGCGCCAUUCUCUUCCCUGUGGUCUGGUCUAUCCGGCAUCUCCAGGAUGCAUCGGGCACUGAUGGAAAGGUGGCAGUGAACCUGGCCAAGCUGAAGCUGUUUCGGCAUUACUAUGUCAUGAUCAUCUGUUACGUCUAUUUCACGAGGAUCAUCGCCAUCCUGCUGCGGGUGGCCGUGCCCUUCCAGUGGCAGUGGUUGUACCAGCUCUUGGUGGAGGGCUCCACUCUGGCCUUCUUCGUGCUCACUGGCUACAAGUUCCAGCCUGCAGGCAACAACCCAUACCUGCAGCUGCCCCAGGAGGACGAGGAGGACGUGCAAAUGGAGCAACUAAUGACCAAUUCUGGGUUCCGGGAAGGCCUGUCCAAAGUCAACAAAACAGCCAGCGGGCGGGAGCUAUUGUGAUCAUCCCGGCAUCUGGGACCAGUCCUCCGUCCCCCGCCUGCUCCCACCCGCUCCACACACACAUUCCUCACUCCUGCGGGCUCCCAAAGCGCCAGGAGCAGGAGGAGGAGGGCGCCCGGGGCGCAUGCUGCACCUAGCUCCCUGA